UUAUUUGUUUCGUUAACCGGCGUGAAAAGCGACGUACAAGCCGGUAACCCUUUCCCCUUAUUAAAAAGAAAAAAAAUCAAUCUUCCCACUAAUAAUCCUUUGAUUCAUCAUCGUCGUCGCGUCUCUCUUAAGCUUCUCUCGCAGAUCCUCCGGUGCAGAGUUUAAAAGGAAAAAAAAAAUGGGGUUGAGUUUCGCGAAGCUGUUUAGCAAGCUCUUUGCAAAGAAGGAGAUGAGGAUUCUGAUGGUUGGUCUUGAUGCUGCUGGUAAGACCACUAUUCUCUACAAGCUCAAGCUCGGUGAGAUUGUCACCACCAUCCCCACUAUUGGUUUCAAUGUGGAAACUGUGGAGUACAAGAACAUCAGUUUCACUGUGUGGGAUGUCGGGGGUCAGGACAAGAUCCGUCCUUUGUGGAGGCACUACUUCCAGAACACUCAGGGUCUGAUCUUUGUCGUGGACAGCAACGAUAGGGACAGAGUUGUUGAGGCUAGAGAUGAACUUCACAGGAUGCUUAAUGAGGAUGAGCUGCGUGAUGCUGUGUUGCUUGUGUUUGCCAACAAACAAGAUCUUCCAAACGCUAUGAAUGCCGCCGAAAUCACAGAUAAGCUUGGCCUUCACUCCCUGCGUCAGCGUCACUGGUACAUUCAGAGCACAUGCGCCACGUCAGGUGAAGGACUGUACGAAGGUCUGGACUGGCUAUCCAACAACAUCGCUGGCAAGGCGUAAUGAAGUAAAAUAGCAUUGCAUCGAGAUGCUUCUUCCUGCUGUAUGUUGGUAAAGUUUCUGGAUGCAAGAGAAAGCUUAUAAAUAUUAUAUGAACCUUUUUGCUACUGGCUAUUGUAUGAAUGUUCUGAUUGUGCAAGUAGAUGUGUACCUAAAAACCUUACUAGUAUGAGCCCCUUUAAAUAGUUUUCGUGCAUUUUUAUUUGUUCAAACCUUGGAUUGAUGAAUGAAUGUUAUUGCUUUCUUGUUA